CACUUCCACACACACUCUCACAAGAGCGCACAUAUACACACUCUACCAGGCACCGGCACCGCAAAACACGCGUUCACAUUUCCACAUGACUGCCCCUGGUCAGAAACGCUCCUGGCGUUCAGGGGUUAUCGUCGCUGACCAAUCAGUAGCAGGCUGAUAGGAGGUCAUUGGAUAAUUAUAUUUCACCUAACCGAGGCUCCAGCGAGAGAACUGUUAUAUAAGAAGAAGCCCAACAACUCAGGACUAAGCGCAGAUCACUGCCUGCGAGUUCGUGAGCAGGAAAAACAGGGGGUGAAGUCGACGGCGGAGGGAGUCACGCUGCGCAGAGCAGAUCCUCGUCCUCAUACGUCGGAGAGGCAGGAGCAAGUGGACAAGUCCAGGGCGCGAGGAGGCUGGAACCAGGUCCGCAAUCGUCUCGAGCAGGACGACUUCGGCGAGCGCUUGGCUUGAUUUCGACCCCCCCCACUCUUGUCUUUCCCGCCCAGGGAAAUUUCACCAUAACCUGUAGCGUUGCUCUUCUUUCUCGGGCAUCCAGCUUGAUCCCGCACAUGGAGCGACGCGUAGGGGCAUCAUGAACGUGUGGAUGGUCGUGGCAGAGUCAGCUGUGGGCCAGCGGCGGAUGGGCUGCGCCAGAGCGCCCUGGACGGAGCUGAUCCUCUGAGGAGAAAUGAUGAGAGUCUGACAGGAGCGCCGGAGCGGUCCCUGAUGGAUGUACAUCUCACCUCCGCAGCCUGCAAGUUCGCAUCCAUCUCUAGCGGAACUAUACAGCAUGACUUUUUUCCCUCCCGCGGUGGAUGAGAAGCGCUUGAGCCGUUAUUCCGAGGAUGGGGAGUGUGUGUGCUUUUAUCUGAGGGGGGAAGACGCUGCUUGGUCUCCAUCACCCAGAGAUCGCUCGGAAUUCCUCGGGAGGCUUUGAGCUUUGAAGUGAUUUGAAAAUGAAAACGCACGUUUUUCUUUUCGCCGUCGUGCCGAAACGCGCCUAAAGCCCGGCCAGGCAUUCCUGAGGACAUCAUGACAUUUAGAGGAAAUCUAAGCGUGUUGAGAUCCGCACUGAGCUGUGAGUAGAAACCUAAUCAGAUCCUGCGCGUUUAGGGGCGAAGAGAGAGAAGAGAAGUGAAAAGAAAAAACAAAGUUGCACCCUGAACCUUGAGGAUAGAAAAGAGAACAAGCCUAAUUUGCCUUUUUUCCCUAAGAAACAGUGGAGAGCCUAGGAUGCGGAUGAGGAUGGGGGCUUUGGCUUGUGAAGAAGGGGGGACAAAUCAGAUCUAAUCGAGUUAAAGAAUGGGACGCCACAGCAGAGGGGGAACUGCGUUCAUCUGAGUCGGAUGACCACAGACACGUCCGGUUGACACGGCAGGGACUCGCAGCAACAACAACAUUUGUUGGCGUUUGGUCUUAAUGGAGAACUGAACAGAAUGUGGAUAUGCGCGAUUCAUCUUAAACGCACGAGCCGGUGAGGGAUCUAUAGCCACUGCCGGACAUCGAAUAGACUCGAGACGGGGGGCAGUGUGGAGGAACUGUGCGCAGAAUUGCGUGAGGCUCGCGGAUGGAGUUCCGCUGCGGCUGGCGCGGAGGAGCGCGCGCUCUGCUUUUCGCUCCGAUUUGAACUGCGAAAAGAUCCCAGCUUCCAGAGAGAGAGAGACAAAAGGAAGCCACGUAGUGAAACUGAGAGUGAAGAUGUCCAGGACCUGCUGGCACUGUGGAUGACUUGGCAGCAUUCCCCAGGAGGCAACAAUCAUAUAAAUAACAGAUGGUGACACUGGAGGGCAACUACUCCCUCCUCUUGCCCAUUACAACGCACCCCAAAGAGUGGACAGCUAACCUAUGAAUUAUGAAUGUUGAACAAGAUGACCUUCUCCCAGCAGCAGCAGAUGAUGAGAGGUCCUAGGUGGAACCGGGCCUUGUCCGACCCGUUGUUCGUGCUGUUGCUGGCAUUGCAGCUCCUAGUGGUGGCUGGUUUGGUGAGAGCUCAGACCUGCCCAUCUGUCUGCUCAUGCAGCAAUCAGUUCAGUAAGGUCAUUUGCACACGUCGUGGACUGCGCGAUGUGCCAGACGGCAUCUCCACGAACACCCGGUACCUAAACCUGCAAGAGAAUUUCAUCCAGGUGAUCAAGGUAGACAGCUUCAAGCACCUACGGCACCUGGAAAUCCUGCAACUGAGUAAGAACCACAUCCGUAGCAUUGAGAUUGGAGCCUUUAAUGGACUGGCCAGUCUAAAUACACUGGAACUCUUUGAUAACAGGUUAACUACCAUCCCAAAUGGAGCAUUUGAAUAUCUGUCCAAGUUAAAGGAGCUAUGGCUUAGGAACAAUCCCAUUGAGAGCAUACCAUCUUAUGCCUUCAACCGAGUACCCUCGCUACGAAGGCUGGAUUUGGGUGAGCUGAAAAGGCUCUCAUAUAUUUCUGAAGGUGCUUUUGAAGGUCUGAGCAACCUGCGUUACCUGAACCUUGGUAUGUGUAACCUGAAAGAGAUCCCUAACCUCAUCCCUCUGGUACGCUUGGAUGAAUUAGAGAUGUCAGGAAAUCAACUUUCAGUUAUCCGACCGGGGUCUUUCAAAGGGCUUGUCCACUUGCAGAAACUGUGGAUGAUGCAUGCUCAAAUCCAGACAAUUGAGAGAAAUGCCUUUGAUGAUCUUCAGUCACUGGUGGAGCUGAAUUUGGCUCACAAUAAUCUUACGCUGCUCCCUCACGAUCUCUUCACACCACUACACCAUUUGGAGAGGGUGCACUUGCAUCACAACCCUUGGAAUUGCAACUGCGACAUCCUUUGGCUCAGCUGGUGGUUAAAGGAAAUGGUACCAGCCAACACCAGCUGCUGUGCUCGCUGCAGUACCCCUCUCAGCCACAAAGGACGCUACAUUGGCGAGCUGGAUCAGAAUUAUUUCCACUGUUAUGCGCCUGUUAUUGUGGAGCCACCUGCUGAUCUGAAUGUGACAGAGGGCAUGGCAGCGGAACUGAAAUGUCGGGCAAGUUCACUGACCUCAGUCAGUUGGAUUACACCCAACGGGUCUAUCAUGACACAUGGAGCGUACAAGGUGCGUAUUUCCGUGCUCAAUGAUGGGACAUUAAAUUUUACAAAUGUCACCAUGCAGGACACAGGGACAUACACAUGUAUGGUUAGUAACUCUGCUGGCAACACCACAGCCUCUGCUACACUAAAUGUGUCCUCAACAGAGAACAGUAGCUUCAGCUACUUUACCACAGUGACCGUGGAGACCAUAGAGCCAUCCCAUGAUGAAGGGCACACCACAGUACAGCAGAAAGUCAGUCCCACCCCUUCUUCUGGGGUGUGGGAGACACCUUCUGCCCCUUCAUCUACCACGACUACGACGGCUCAGACGCCACUGUCAACUAAGGCCACAGAUAAAACCUACACCAUCCCCGUCACGGCACUGGGUGAUGGCUCCCUCAAUACCCUGGAUGAGGUGAUGAAGACCACUAAGAUCAUCAUUGGCUGCUUCGUGGCCAUCACACUAAUGGCUGCAGUUAUGUUGAUUAUCUUCUACAAAAUGCGCAAACAGCAUCACCAGCAGAACCACCAUGCACCAACACGAACCAUCGAGAUCAUUAACGUGGAUGAGGACUGUGUCACUGGUGGGCCAACAAUGGAGGGUCAUCUGACUCUGCCACCUCUUGAGCAUGAGCAUCUUAACCACUACAACACCUACAAGACAGCAUACAAUCACGCCUCCACCAUCAACUCCAUACACAGCUCCGCACAUGAACCUUUGCUUAUUCGGGCCAGCUCAAAAGACAAUGUACAAGAGACCCAGAUCUGAUCACUUUUUCAUAAUGGGAAUUAAAAGAAAGAAAAAAAACUUUAAAACAAACUGUAACGGUACAUUAUAUGACAUUUUGAAUCUAAAGAAGAUGGCUCAAAGAAGCGGAGAUAUGUCAGGCUUAUGUGCAACAAAUAAGCAAACGACUGAGGCUGUUGAAUGACAUUGGGAAUUAGGGUAUGUUAACGGUUUCAAAGUGUCUUUACCUAACAGAAGUUAUUUAUUUAAGAAAAAACUCUAUUGUGGAUAAUUCAAGAAAAAAAUGUAUUCAGCAAUUAUUUUUU